AUGUCACAAGAAACUAUUCCUGAGCAGCUCACAGAGGCCCAAAUUGUUUCGGAUGUCUUCCUCGAUAGGGCAUAUCUCACAUAUAUCGUCCCUCUCUCCACAUCUUUCCAACCCGAGUCUCUGAGUGAAGGAAGCGGUGACAUCGCUUCUCGACUCACCAACCUCGAAAAGCGCGAACAUCUCUUCUUCGAUGAGGCGGUCGAUGUCUACAUGAUUCUACGAACUGCGAGCGUCCACGAACAAGCCUUCCGCCAUGCCCUUCCCCGGUUGGUGCUCAACCUCGAGGCACACAUCCUUAAUGGCGUCGGCCCAGACCGUGAGAACCCGCCAGCAUCAGAAAUCAUCUGGAAUGGACGCGUCGAGGACGUUGAGAAGGCCUACUUUCUCACAGAUAACGACCCCAAUGUGGACGAGAAUGACCGCUAUGUCUACGCCUUUUGGAAGCUUUCCGUAUUCCUCGACCGGCCGCGUAUGCGGCUCCAGCACCCUUCUGUCGUCUUCUCCGGCUCAGCAGCACUCAGGUCUAGCUCUAAGCCCACAGAGCAACAACAAGAACGGCUAGCAGGCUACAUGCAGUCCUGCAUGCCCUCAGCCAUGAACCUCCUCGACACCUUCGCCCACGACCCAAUGCUAGGCGGCAUCCGGCCCCGUCUCUCGGCCCAACGAGUCUCCCGUGUAGCACCACUCACCAAACCUAAAGACGUCCUUCGUCGCAUAGAUGGGCUCCAACACCUGCGUCUACGCAUCUACCCCGUGCUCCACACGCGCGUGCGCUUCUCCCGUCCCAACACGGCGCCCCCCAGCACGGCGGUGAUCGCCAUGCUAGAGAUCGACUUCACGCCCUACUUCGAUUGUGAGAUCGUGCUUGAUGGGAUUAGUCUUACUGUGGCCGGCGGUACGGUCGAAGACCUUAACAACAAGGACAUGACGCUACCACUGAGUUGCGUCGCCCACGAUCACCUCACCUUCCUCUACAAGCUCUCCCCGCAACCGCUUGACUUCCUAACCAGCGCAUCUCGCUCACAGCCUAAUCUAACUCGCGACCUGGCCAUCAAGAUCUCUGCGCGGGCGCUCGUCCGUCCAGAUACAGACGGUGAGCCAAACCCAUGCACCCCAGGUCUGACCAUGUCCUGGACGACAACGGUAGAUUUCACGCCCCCCGUCAACCCCGGCUUCGGGAAACCUUCUACCCAGCCCAUGCAGCGUGCGCACAAACCAAGCCAGCUCUCCAUCUCCGGAGGUGUUGUGUCGCAACCUCUUGUCUCCCCCUCAGUCAUCCGUCCCGACGCCCUACCUUCCCUCGAAGCGUCAACCUCCCGCGCACAAGAGACGCAGAUCCCCGAACUAGGCAUCACACUCACCUUUACCGGUCCGUCCAAACCUGUCCGUGUAGGCGAGGAAUUCGUCUGGUCCGUCUCGGUCGUCAAUCGGAGCCGUUCCGAUUCUCAGUCCACUUCGACCCCGGGUACAUCUACCGGCAGCCCCUUUGCCCCGACCACUCGCCCCUCAUCCUCCGGCGGUACCUCUGGGCAGCCCUCAUCAGUGCCGGGUACAGCCCGUAAACUCCUCCUAAUCCCCCUCCCCCGCCGACGCCGCAACGAAACCCGCGUCUCGCGCCCCAUCGCCCCCUCACCAUCCCCCAACGCCCCAAACUCUACCUCCUCUCAGUCCCAACGCCCCGAUAUCCCCCCCAUCGCCCCUGCCAUCCAAGACGAAGCCCUAGUCCAUGCCAUGCAGCGCAGCAGCGUAGCCGACGUGCAAGAGCUGGCGUGCCUCUCAGCCGACAUACGGGUGGGGCCAUUGGCAGGGAAUGCGUGUGCGAUGGCCGAGAUGAGAUUUAUCCCGCUCAGGGAGGGGGUGUUAGGGUUGGAGGCCGUCAGGGUGGUAGAUGUGGCGACGGGGGAGCAUGUGGAUGUUAGGGAGGUUCCUGGGGUUGUUGCUGUGAGGUAG